UAAAUAAGGGAGAAGAAUUUAUCUCGACUGCUCAGGGACCAACCAGAGAGGCUGGUCUGGGAGCCCCAGUGCAUUCCCUUCUGUGCUACCAUGCCAGGGGUUCUCAUGACCCUGCUAGGCAGGAGACUGUCUGGAGCUUUAGGGCAGCUUCUGGGGGGCUGGGGCAAAGGCAGGAUCCCCUGGGUACUGGGUAGUGUCAGAAGGGGCACGUGGAGCUGCAGGGAACCAAGCACUAGCAGCCUUCCCUGUGGCACAGUCCAGUUGGUGUCAAGAGCCUUCCGGAGCUGGGCAGCUGCUCCCCCACUAGGCAUGGCGGCUAAGGUGGAUCUGACCACGUCCACUGACUGGAAAGAGGCAAAAACAUACCUGAAAGGUCUGAAUCAGAAGCAAAGACGGGAGCAUUACUACACCAAGGACUUUGUCACACUGAAGGACAUCGACACCUGGAAAAAAAUGGCUAAAAGUGCCCGACUGAAGCAGCCCGAGGAGACCAAAUUCCCCAAGGACAAUCACCUGAACGAGAAGAUCUCGCUUGUCCGCCGGGACAUCACCAAACUGGAGGUGGAUGCAAUCGUCAAUGCUGCUAACAGCUCCCUGCUUGGAGGCGGUGGUGUGGACGGGUGCAUUCACCGGGCUGCCGGAGAGCUGCUCAAAGAGGAAUGCCGAUCCCUGAACGGGUGUGAGACAGGGAAAGCCAAGCUCAGCUGUGGAUACCGGCUCCCAGCCAAAUAUGUCAUUCACGCAGUGGGUCCCAUUGCCCAGGGGGAGCCGAGCGCUGCCCAGGAAAAGGAGCUGGAGAACUGCUACAAGAACAGCCUGAAACUGGCCGUGGAGAACAAACUCCGCACCGUGGCCUUCCCUUGUCUCUCCACAGGCGUGUUCGGGUACCCCAGCGAUGCCGCGGCCGAGGUCGUCCUGAGGACGCUGCGGGAGUGGCUGGAGGUGAACAAGGAGAAGGUCGACCGGCUGGUGAUCUGCGUCUUCCAGGAGAAGGAUGAGGAGAUUUACAAGGAGAAGCUGCCCUUCUACUUCCCCAUCGCCUGAUCCUGACCCCAUCCCUCCCUCUCUGCGAUGGGUAAGCCCAACCCAGCACCAUGUGCAGUGGG